AUGAGCUUAAACCCAACUACCUACGCACACUACUGCUCAUUCGAGGUCCACGACUUCGACACACAUAAGCUGGGUCACCAAUGGCUCGCAACGAGAAAUUAUAAGUCUGCCUGGGACGCUGGUCGACAUAUUAUCGGUAGCCAGAUCUUCGACUACUGGUGGGAUCAGACCUGGCUACGACCCUCCCCGCGGGUCUAA